AUGGCGAAACCGGAAAACGACGAAAACUAUCCAGAGAAACAAACAUGGAGCACAUGGGAGGAGCUCCUCCUCGCCUGCGCCGUUCACCGUUACGGUAUUGACUCGUGGGACUCCGUCGCCGCUGAAAUCCAGAGACAGAACUCUUGUUUCCGUACACUCACUGCCUUCGACUGUCGUCACAAAUACCACGAUCUCAAGCGACGAUUCUCCCGGAAACUGGUCUCGCCGGGAUCCGCUGAGGCAGAAACCGUUUCUGAGAUCUCCGCCGUUCCCUGGCUUGAGGAGUUGAGAAAGCUCCGUGUCGAUGAGCUCCGCCGCGAAGUCGAACGUUACGACCUAUCCAUCUCGUCGUUGCAGUUGAAGGUGAAGAAAUUGGAAGAUGAGAGAGAGAAGAGCUUAAAAGAGUCGGAGACGGAAACCGUGAAUUCAGAUCUAGAUAAAAUCCCGGAGACGAAAGAGAGGCGCGGUGAAUCGGGUACCAACGUCGACGUUCCGGUCACCCAGUCGCCUAUUUCUCCAGAUCCCAAGGACAAUAGUCCUGGAACCGGAUCGGAAAACAACAACAGCGGUCGGAAAACCGUCGAACCAGAGGACCAAGAGCCGAACCGGAUCGGCGAGGACUACAGCGAUGGGAAACCGGCCAGAGAGGAUUCAGGUAGAGGAAGUUGCGAGAGCGUCGCGAAGGAAUCGGCGGCGAACUCGGAUAGAGCAGACCCGGGAAGAGAAGGAGAUGACUCGCCCGAGUUUGUUGAGUCAAUGGACGAGUCGAAGGGAGAAGAUGGAGCGAAAGAAACGAGUGACGUGCAGAGCUCGGCGAGUUUGCCGAGAAAGGAGACGGUAGAACAGGACGAACCGGAUAGAGAGGAUCAAUCUCUGACCGUCAAUAGAAUCCCCGUCGAAUCUCGGCCGUUGAUUGAUUUCAUCGAGAUUCUUCGGUCUCAUCCUAUUGGUUCCCACUUUUCGCGCCGGCUCGAAUUUCAGCUGCAGGAAACACCUAAGUACGAUAAGAUAAUAAGGCAGCACAUAGACUUUGAGAUGAUUCGAAGUCGUGUCGAAGAGGGUUACUACAAAAGCUCCAGGAGCAAGUUUUUUCGAGAUUUACUGCUACUAAUCAACAACGCGAGGGUUAUCUAUGGCGAGCGAUCUUCUGAGUUUAGUACCGCAGAGCAGCUUAACCAACUCAUCAAGAAAGAGAUGAUGACUCUCAAGAUUCCUAAACAAACCUCAUCACUAAAAGAGGAAUCUUUGGUGACGUCUAAGGAGGAAGUCACAGUCUCUUCACCACACUCGUCUCUAAGACCAAAAAUGUCAAUGCCUAUUACGGCUUGUCGGAAACGUAGCUCCUUGGCUGUUAAAUCUUCAGCGUCAGCCACCGAACCGUUGAAGAAAACUGCUAAAGUAGUUCCAAAAAUGGAUGAGAAGACAGCUUCAGAGGCGGGAGAGGAAGUUGAGACAUCUGAUAAAGAUGAGGAACCUAUUGUUUCGAAGAAGAUGGCUACAGGAAGAACAACCUCAACAGCUAAAAAAGUAGGAAGCAGAAACGUUAAGACCAGUUUGAGUGCUGGUCUCCCUAGUAAAGGCCGGUAUUCAAACGAUAGCUCUGAGCAGAAGAAAGCCGAUGGAGAAAAGAAGGGUAACAACACAAAUGGUGGCUCAAAAAGGCAAAGUGCUGCUAGCUUUCUUAAGAGAAUGAAAGGGGUUUCUUCGUCUGAAACUGUGCCAGAGACAGUGAAGGCUGGUUCCUCUAAUGGAAAGAGAGGAGCUGAACAGAGGAGAAGUAACAGUAAGAGUGACAAAGUUGAUGCAGGAAAGCCAUCUGCUGGUCAGAAACGAGCAAAUGGGAAGAAGCAAACAAUUGAAAAGGCUAGUCCUGUAAAGAAAAACAGUAGCGCCGCCUCUAAAAAAGGCGUUGCCCUGUCUUCUCCUAUAGUAGCAAAGCGGGCAAGCGUAGCUAGUGAAAAGGAAGCUCGCCCAAAGAAGCGUCCAAGGAGGUUAUGA